UCAGGGGCAUCGGGAUACCAGUUCCCGGACUGGAAUCCGAAGGGUGGUUCGAGUGUGGACGCGGCAUCCCGCUCUCUCCUCCGUGACACGUGCACGGGGCACCGGACACCGGGAGCGAUCGUGGGUUGAGGCUUGUACUGGGACCGUAGUGACGAGACAACGCUGCCUGCCGCGGACAAGUUUUUACUUUGAGUAAUCCUUAAAUGAAGAGUGGGUAAAGUGUAUAUACGGAAGAGAGACUCCAAUCAACAAUAUCAAUAAGUUGAAAAGGAAAAAUGUUGUCCUUAAACAACCUACAAAAUAUCAUCUAUAACCCGAUAAUCCCCUAUGUCGGCACCAUUACUGAGCAGUUGAAGCCUGGCUCUCUCAUUGUAAUCCGUGGGCAUGUUCCUAAAGAUUCGGAAAGGUUCCAGGUCGACUUUCAGCUGGGCAACAGCCUGAAGCCCAGAGCGGACGUGGCCUUCCACUUUAACCCUCGCUUCAAAAGGACCAGCUGCAUUGUUUGUAACACACUGACAAACGAGAAGUGGGGCUGGGAGGAGAUCACCUAUGACAUGCCCUUCAGAAAAGAGAAGUCUUUUGAGAUCGUGUUCAUGGUGCUCAAGAACAAAUUCCAGGUGGCUGUGAACGGAAAGCAUGUUCUGCUGUACACCCACAGGAUCAGCCCCGAGCAGAUUGACACAGUGGGCAUCUACGGCAAAGUGAACAUCCACUCCAUCGGGUUCAGAUUCAGCUCGGAUUUACAGAGUAUGGAAACAUCUGUUCUGGGAUUGACACAGAUAAACAGAGAAAAUAUACAAAAGCCAGGCAAGCUCCAGUUGAGCCUGCCAUUUGAAGCAAGGUUGAAUGCCUCCAUGGGCCCUGGACGAACCGUUGUCAUUAAAGGGGAAGUGAAUGCCAAUGCCAGGAGCUUUAACGUUGACCUGGUGUCAGGAAAAUCAAGGGAUAUCGCUCUGCACUUGAACCCACGCCUGAAUGUGAAAGCAUUUGUAAGAAAUUCCUUUCUUCAGGAUGCUUGGGGAGAAGAGGAGAGAAAUAUUACCUGCUUCCCGUUUAGUUCUGGGAUGUACUUCGAGAUGAUAAUCUACUGUGAUGUCCGGGAAUUCAAGGUUGCUAUAAAUGGUGUGCACAGCCUGGAGUACAAACACAGAUUUAAAGACCUAAGCAGUAUUGAUACACUAUCAGUUGAUGGUGAUAUCCGUUUGCUGGAUGUAAGGAGCUGGUAGCUACCAUGACUGCCAAAACCCUCGAAAUACAAAAUGGCUUAUCCGGUACUGGCCAUGUCAAAUGCAUCUCGCUUUCACCACAUUGUUUAUAUUGCUAAGUUGAGCUCUUUGUCCGACUGGUGUUGUCAGGCCUGGCCAUGCAGUGUGGCGACCUCGACAUUCAGAGAAACAGAGCCGGGAUAAUCACAGCUCACUGCCGGAGAGGCUCUGCACACUGGGCCCCUCUUAUAAACCACACUCAACAGAUAUUUAAGUGCCUAAUAUACUACAUAUACUAGCUAAUAGAGAUGGCAAGCAUCCUUCCUGUGUAUAUUCUCUGAGCUGGCCACAGACACAGCAGGGCCCAGAACUUGUGUGGUCCCUGUUUUCUGACACUUACGUACCAGUUUCUGGCCUCCUAAUGUAGGGUCUUCCUGUUGGCAUUCCAUUAACCCCACUAGGAGCCUUUGCAGUUAAGGUCAGAAAAAUAUACUAACGGAUGGGAAACACUACUUCCCCAGUGACCCUUUUCAUAAUCAGCAUUCUAUCCUAUCUCAUAAUUGAAGACUGAAUAGCAUUUACUUAGCUCUCACUGCUUUAAGCUUUAAAAAAUGUAUGAUGCUAAACACAGCAGAAAAGCUGAGGCCAAAACCUGACAAAACAGGUGUUCUGCUCCAAGCAGAUUUCUGCUGGUUGGUUGGCCCUUAAGUCCAGGGUGUGUGUGGGUACCUGUGGCAAAGUAAGGCAGAAGUUGGAUAAACAGUGUGAAAAACCCUCUUGGAUGUACAGUGAAUAUAUAAAAUAAGCACUAUCAAAGCAAGCCCCACCCAGGGGGGUAGUGUGAAAGGCUGAGUUGGCGUGGAGACCAGCCCUCGUGCCUUUGGGUCUGAGGAUGUCUGUACAUCAGCAGGGAGGCCAGGCACUGCUCUGUCUGCUAAGUCACCUUGUAUCAGCAGAUUCAGCUUCUGCACUCCUGUGACUCCCUGGAUCUGAUUGGUAGUCUUUCUCCACAGGUCCAAUCUUGUUACAGAUGUCAAAGUUUGGGUGUGGGGAAGAGGAAGAACUUAUUUUAUCAGGUCACUGUAUGACCUUAAACCACAGGACAGAAUUUCGCCGGGCUUAGUAGUCAGUCAAUCUGCUCAGAUAUAUGUACUCAUGCAUAGGAAAUAGUACCAUCUCAAGGCAGCAACUGCUAUUGUUCAGUCUUCCUGUAGGGUGGUGGGUGGGACUGGGUAAUUUGUACAGAGGCCAGGAGGCUCUAGAAUUCUCCAGAGUUAGUCUUCAUAAAGAAUGCAUUACUGAGAUGUUGAGGGCUCAAAGGCAUUCAGGAAAAAAAAAAAGCCCAUUCAUACAAAAGCUUAUUUUCAUUUCUAUUUUUACACAAUUAAGACAGAUUCUGAGUAGAUUCAGUCUUAGUUGCUGCUGGAAUUUGGGUUGUGAGAUCUUGUUGUUGUAUAUUCUGAAAUUCUCUCUAAACUGCAAAAUGCCUUUUUUGCUUGUCCUAAUUCUGCAUUAAAGUUUUAUAUUAAAUUGGAAUGAA